AUGGAGAACCACGUGAAGGAGGUGAGGCAGGGGCAGCAGAGGGUGUUCCCGUGGGGGAUGCUCAAGGUUUUCGUGCUGCUCGGCUUGGGGAUGUCCGCGGCCGGCAUGCUCAUGGCGCGGCACGGGCACGAGGUGGCGGCGGCCACGCUGUUCCGGCAGUGGCUGGGCGUCUCCCCCGCCGCCGACGCGGCCAUCGCGACGGUGGCGGCGGCGGGGCUAGAGCACUCGAUGACGGACGAGGAGCUUCUCUGGCGCGCGUCGUUCGCCCCGGGGGUGCGGCGGUACCCGUUCCGCCGCGUGCCCAAGGUGGCCUUCAUGUUCCUCACGCGCGGCCCGCUGCCGCUGGCGCCGCUCUGGGAGCGCUUCUUCCGGGGGAACGAGGGGCGCUACUCCAUCUACGUCCACGCGCUGCCGUCGUACCGGGCCAACUUCACCUCCGAAUCCGUCUUCUAUCGACGUCAAAUCCCCAGUAAGGUUGCAGAAUGGGGUCAGAUGACUAUGUGUGAUGCUGAGAGACGUCUACUUGCCAACGCUUUGCUGGAUAUAUCCAACGAAUGGUUUGUGCUUGUGUCUGAGUCAUGCAUUCCUAUAUUUGAUUUCAACACAACGUACCAAUACUUCCUGAACUCGAGCCAAAGCUUUGUCAUGGCUAUUGAUGAUCCUGGACCAUAUGGACGGGGAAGAUACAACUGGAAUAUGACCCCUGAGGUUGAACUUGACCAAUGGCGCAAAGGAUCGCAGUGGUUUGAAGUAAACAGGGAACUUGCCAUUGAAAUUGUGAAGGACACGGUCUAUUACCCCAAAUUCAAGGAGUUCUGCAGGCCUAGUUGUUAUUCUGAUGAGCACUAUAUCCAAACAAUGCUCUCGAUUGAAACUCCGCAGAGCCUGGCUAACAGGAGUGUUACUUGGGUAGACUGGUCUAGAAUUGCUGCACAUCCAGCAAGGUUUGGCAGGGGUGAUAUCACGGAGGAAUUCUUGAGGGAAGUUCGAGAGGGACAGACCUGUCUGUACAAUGAACAGAAUUCAACGUUGUGCUUCUUGUUUGCUCGGAAGUUUGCUCCAAGCGCAUUGGAGCCAUUGUUAGAGUUAGCACCCACUGUCCUUGGUUUUGGAUAA